GCUUUAAUGAUAUUAAUUAUCUAACUUCAUUGAGGCGGGAAAUCUUGGUAUGAGUACAAUGUACACAGAAAUGGGCCUUUACAAACAGUCCUCAGCAUUUAACAUCAACAUGUAAAGAUCAAAACCACCUUACUCAUUUCUGCAAUUCAUUUCCCACCUUAUCGAGUUCAUGUGCGCACCGAAUCCCACCGGCUUCUACAAUAUCGUUAUUUAUCGCUACUCUCUCUUAAUUUAUUUUCAGGUGACUUGUAAACAUUUGAUAACUAUAUAACCAAAGAAAUUAAAUACCAAUGGUACACAAAUGAAAGGUGUAAUUCAUUACGAGCGACAAAAGUUUGCCGCUCUCCAAGAGCGAUAUGAGUAGUCUAAGCGCAGUCAUGCCCGCCAGAAAAGGCAUCUUAGGGACACCUCUAGCUCUAAGACAAAGUGAUGACAAACUGUCUGCUGUAUCUACCAGUCGGGACUUCGAAAAACCCCGCGUAAUAGGGGACGAGAAGAACCCGGUUCCUUUCGUCCAAGAGGAUGGAUUUACGGAUGUUGUGUUGGUUGUGGAGAGGAAGCGUCUCUACACCUCCAGGAGUCUGUUGUGUAUGUCCUCCCCAGUGUUGGCCCGAAUGCUGGCCUCCCCAGAGCAGAAGGACCAGAGAGAAUUCCCCCUACAGGGAAAGUCGUAUGAUACAGUCCACGAACUGCUGUAUAUCCUACAUCCAGCCUACCAACGCAAAGUGACAGAUCAAACUGCCUUCCAAAUUCUUCCAAUCGCAGAAGAAUACCAAAUCUGGAAUCUGAAACAAAGAUGCGAAGAAAUACUUCUACAUUCCCUUAAUACGGAGAAAUCUGUCAAAGAUGAUCAGUUAUUGCGGUGUCUCCAAAUUUCCGACACCUACAAGCUUUUUGCUCUCUGGACCAAGUGUCUGCAGCUGUGUGCAAGACCAAACGUUAACCUAGCGACAUUGCAGCGUAAUCCGGAGUACGAGCACAUGUCUAGGUUCCUGAAAAGCAUGCUGGAGGCGUUCAAAACUGGCGGUACCGAAACGCAUCGGUCACACAGCGAAGGAAGUCACGUGACCGUACCCAGAAGAGGUAGCACAACGCUAAUCGAUGAAACAAACGUCAGAAAGACAUUUGUUACGAGUCACACUCAAACAAAAUUCUGAACGAGAUCCAAGUUUUCUAGUCACCAAAUGUAACAAUAUAGUUGACCAUGCCAAGUGACAUUUAUAAAUAGCUUCCUUCAGCUAAAAUUUUCUUAAAUCACAAAGCAGCUAGUUAUUCAAAUGGAUUUUGAACAGGAAUCUCCAGAUUCAUCCUUGUCUUUUCAUAUCUGAUAUUACUUUUGUACCUUAGUAAUAUACAACUAGACUAGUUAUAUAACUUGAUUUCACUGAAAUUUGUAAACCAUAAGCUUAAUUGUAAUCAAUAUUGAUCAAGUCUUUUGUCAACUCAUCAGGCUCCAGUGCCAUAAAACUUAGCCAAGCUAAUUUUGAUCUCAGUCUCACUUUUUCACUAAACAAUCCUUUUGUAUAAUUGACACUGAAUUCAAAUGUGAGCUCGUUUAAGUUUUAUGGCCCUGAGGCCUGGUCU